AUGCAAUAUUCUAAAGCUUUAGUUUUAUUAACUAUAUUGUUUGUGGCCGUUGCUGUUGUGCAAUCUGCUGAACAAGCUAAGAAAGGACCAUUACAAGUCAAGGUAGUUCAAGGUGCAGCUAUACGUAACAAAGGAAACUUCACUGAUAGAAAAGCUGUUACCAAUGAAGUUGCACUUAUAAAUUUUAGUAUGAUCUUUAGAAGUAAAUUGACUGAUAUGACAAAUAGCGCUGGAAGACGUACUCCCAUUAGAAUAGAUAACCAAGGUACAACUUCAACUGGUUACGCCAAUCUUCAAGCUCAGAUCAAUGGUAUCAGUGGUGCUUCGACUGUUUCUGCUGUUCUUGUUAGUCCAAGCUGUCAACCUGAUAGAGACAAAUCUGAGAAGGAUCAAAUCGAAAGUGAACGUCAAAAUGUUGUUCGUAAAGUUAAAGAUGCAAUGAAUCAAUCUUAUGAUACCGGAAAGAUAUUUAACGUUGAAUUUAUAAUUUUAUUUUUACAAGUUAAUAAAAAUAAUGCACAAUCACUGAUAUCUUCGUCGACACCAUUCAUCCAACCUUUUAUUUAUAGACAGGGAUGCAAGGUUUUAGUGACUGUUGUAUUUGACUAUUCUCAAGAAUUGAAUUUCAAUGAUAUAGGUUUGGACGCACCAGACAAUUUCACUGAAUAUGGAUAUCCUCCUGUCACCUUGAUCAGCCAAGAUGAUUUAGCUUCACAGCGAUUCCUCCUAAACUAUUAUAUGAAUAUAGGCAACUUUACAAUGACUCUCGCAGUCAAAGCCGGUUUAUUUCGAUUACCAAGCUCUUUUAUUUGUAAAAAGAUUGAAGUUGAAAACUUUAAAAUCAUCAGUUACACUCCACCUGCUCCCGCUACCUAUAAACCGACUUCAACGUUUUUCAUUAGAUUUAACUUUUCCCAAGAAUCAAGUUCUAAACAAAUCCAAUCUACAGUAGAUGCAACAGGAGUUACCUGUCAAUGUGGCCAAAUACUUCGGUCAGUUCCUCAAGAUUGGUAUUGUUCUCUAAACUUACUAUCAGCAUAUGCAUUGCUUCCUGCAAAGUUAAAUAUAACACUCUCAUUGUAUUAUUAUGGUUAUCUGACUUACAUCGUCGUCGACAAUCCUUUUCCUUAUAAUGCUAUAAGAUCAUCGAGAGUAGUUGAUAUCAUUGUUUAUCCACCUAAUCUCUAUGUGUAUACCGAAGAUUUUAGAUUACAGAGCGACCGAUCCCGAACUGUGGAACAAUAUGUAACAGUUCAAAAUAUGAAUUCUGUCAUUCAAAAUUAUAAGAAUACAAUUGAACCGUUUACCUUGGUAUCAAGAAACGCUACUAUAUCAGAGUAUGCUUAUUCAACAAGCUAUAACAUCCCAGCUGUCAGAUACCAAACAAUUAUUCAAGAUACCUAUAGUACAAAGCUGUAUGAAUAUAAUGCUACUUUCAUUAGACUAUCUAUACCAGAAAUACCAGUCAACCAACAGACAGAAACUGGCACUUGUCAAUUUGCAAUAUUUAGCACUCAACUUCCAUUUGUUUUUAAUUAUAAAUUGGACUAUAAUUUCUAUUCCAAAAUGCAACCAUCUAUUCUUCUGAUGAAUCCAUAUGCAUUUGACACUGUCAGCGAUCCAAUCUAUAAAUUUGCAUUUGUUACUUCAAAUGCUUAUGAAAACAAGCUCACCAUUAAGUUCAAACCACUUAGUUCUCAAUAUGAGCUUGGGUUGAGUGGUGAUCUCGAGAGUAUUAAUUCAACAUUUGUGUUAAAUUAUGUAGUAAUGGAGGAAGCUUCGCCUACAACAAAUAUUGCAACCAUAUCAAUAACCACCAACGUACCACUAUUGAAUAUAGAAUUAUCCCUAAGCAUUAUUACCGAAGCUCAUCGUAUUUCUGGUGAUGUAUAUAAUGGAGUCUAUCAAAUAGAGUUCGUUACACUACCAUAUGGUGCAAUGUCGCUGACUCCAAUAAACAUAAAGGGUGAUGUCGCAGCUUUUUAUGAAGGUGAAUCAUUUAGUUCUGAUUUAAAUCUAUUAGUACCAUCUCCUAUAGUUAAUUCAUCAAGAUACCUUAUCGUUACAGACUUAACAUAUUUCAAAUUUAAUCAAACAUUUUUCGAUUUAACAAAUCAUAAUGGAGUAUUGUUAAACAAUACAUUGUAUUUCAACACAUCUAAAUAUGUUCCAAAUAUGAUUCCUUACAUUUCAUUUGACACAAAGAAUGAAUACCAAUAUUUUGGAUCAUAUGACUAUGAUUUGAAACUUUUCACAAUCAAAUUCCCAAUAAACUCUUGGAUGGUCGAUGGAGAUGCUUAUACAAUUGGCGAUGCUGCUGGAUAUUUAAUAGGUCAAAUAGAUAGUAUGUCAGUUGCAUCUAUUUUUAAUAAUUCAAGCGAUUCUAAAAUGAUAAUAACCAAUCCGAGUAUGUAA